AUGGUUCUAGGAUCCGCUAGAGGGAAGGUAUAUUUUUACUUGCUUUUCCUUCUAGUUGCUACAUUCAUUGGAAAGACAACGGCCUCCCUAGGUGACCAUCUCCCAGACUUUAAAGAAUGUGUCAAGAUCUGUCAAUCUGAGAACUGUCAAGACGGAAAUACAGCGCUUCCGUUCCAUCUUCGUCUGCUGCUCUGGACUUGCCCUGCCGAAUGUGACUAUACCUGCCAACAUGUUGUGACCGACCGUCGAGUAGCUCUAUGUUGGACGUUUAGUAUGCUCUUUCACACUCGGGAUUUCCCUUUGACGGAGAAGCUGGAUUAUUUCGGAGCCGGCGCGAAUGUAAUGUACGGUCUUUAUCUGGCUGUUAUUCGAAUAUUUCGCCUGGAUCAAGAAGAUCCCCGCUACAAACCGACUUUACGCCGUCUUCUGACUGCGGUCUGUCUUAUCCUCUACACCCUGCAUGUGUGCUACCUUAGUUUCUGGUCCUGGGAUUAUACCUAUAACAUGAUUGCAAAUAUUGUGAUCGGGAUGACCCAGAACGUCCUGUGGACGGCCUGGGGCAUUAUCCGCUAUCGCAAAACUAACAGAUUCUGGACGGUUUGGCCUGCCCUGAUCGUGGUUUGGAUCAUCUUAGCUAUGAGUCUGGAGUUGCUGGACUUCGCGCCUUGGAAAGGCCUGAUUGAUGCUCACAGUUUAUGGCAUUUGGGAACAGUGAUCCCAGCCGCCUGGUGGUAUUUGUUUCUCGUUAAAGAUAUUCAGGAUGAUGUGACUGGAAUCAGGCUCAAGACGUGA